AUGGCUCGACCGAUGUCAGCUUCAAUUUCUCAACCGAAAUUAGACGGAUAUGUCUUUACUGAAAAACUUGGUAGUGGUACCUAUGCUACGGUAUAUAAAGCUUACAAAAAGCAUGGUACUAGAGAAGUUGUAGCUGUAAAGUGUGUUUUGAGGUCAUCUUUAAAUAAAGCUUCAUCAGAGAAUUUACUAAGAGAAAUAGAACUCUUGAAAAAAUUAAAACAUGACAACAUUGUGGAACUCAAGGAUUUCCAGUGGGAUGAAAAGUGUAUUUAUCUCAUUAUGGAAUAUUACAGUGGUGGAGACUUGUCCCAUUUUAUACGCUCCAAAAGGACCCUGCCUGAAUACAUAGUCAAGCGAUUUCUACAGCAAAUUGUGAAAGCUAUGAGGUACUUGAGAGAGCAUAACGUAGCACAUAUGGACCUAAAACCACAGAACAUCCUCUUAUCUUCACCAGCAAAUCCAUCUCUCAAAAUUGCAGAUUUUGGUUUUGCUAAACACAUGUUCCAUGGUGAUGAGCUGCACGCGAUGAGGGGAUCACCUUUGUAUAUGGCACCUGAAAUAAUAUGUAAAGGGAUAUAUGAUGCUCGUGUUGACAUCUGGUCAAUAGGUGUCAUCCUCUAUGAAUGUUUAUUUGGUCGCGCACCCUUUGCUUCCAAAAACUUGAAGGAACUUGAGGAGAAAAUUUGGGAUUCAAAACCAGUAGAGCUUCCUUAUGGUGUCACGGUUUCAGACUCGUGUAGAAAUAUUUUACUACGGAUGCUGAAAAGAGACCCGGAUAAGAGAAUAGGCUUCGAUGACUUCUUUAAUCAUCCGUUUGUUGAUCUUGACCAUAUGCCUAGUAAUCAAUCCUUGGAUAAAGCGGUAGCCAUUGUACGGGAUGCUGUACUUUCAGACCAGAAAGGAGAUUAUGCAGCAGCUGUAAAACACUACUGUGAUUCUCUCUCUCACUUCAUCCCAGCCAUCCAUCAUGAGAAAGAUAGAGAAAAGAAAGAAGUACUGAGGAAAAAAGUUAAAGAAUACAUUAACAGAGCUGAAGAAUUAAAGACAUUAAUGAAGCCAAAAAAGAAUGAAGUUCUGAAAAGAUCUUGUUCUACUGAUCCACUACAACAACUUUUGGAGAUGUAUGAACACAAUGAUGAAAUGAUUGCAGCAUUAAAAGUCGUUAAAGGAGCGGAGAUUGAGCAUACAGCUGAAGAUUAUGAAUCUGCACUUGGCCACUAUGAACUGGGAUUAAGAACUGUGAUCCAUGCCCUGAAAGAGGAACCAAAAGGAAAAAGAAAAGACUUGUUAGGGAAACAGACUCAUUUAUGGAUGGAAGAAGCAGAAAAGAUCCAGACCUUUCUAUCUAUUCAGCAACUCAACACAGCAGAUACUUCUACACAAGAGGAAGAGACAGACAAUAAAUACCUUGGACAAUGCUCCAUUCAAUGAGCAUAUGAAUAGGAUCACCACUUGCCAGGAAACACCUUAAAGAUUACUUUGUAUUUACAGAUGGUUAUUUUAUGACAUAUCUAUAUAUUAAUU